CGCCACUAUUCAGAUCUCAACCACCCACUCAAAAUUGCUCGUCGUCUUCUUCAAGAACUCGCAAGAACCCUAAGUCUCUUUCUCUCAAAUUUUCACCCAAAUUUUUGAGAAAAUGAAGGUUGUCGGAGCAAAUGUUCAUUUCAAGAAGUUAGAGGCCAAGUGCUCUUUAUCGACAUUCUUUCAAAGCUAUAUGGAGAUGAUAGGCGCUCAAGAACUCUCCGAAUUUCUUCAAAUGGAGAUUCGCCUCAAAUUCGAGGAAGAAGUUCUUGAAUUCUACAGGAAUGGAGAAGUUAAGUCUGCUAAAUCAAAGAAAGACCCACAGAGGACGUUUCCAGUCAUCAAAUCAACUGUGGGAGGAAUCAAAGUGAAGCUUUCGCAGAAGAAAUUGGGAGAAAAGCUUCGCCUUCCCAAUUCUGGAGUUGAAGUUGGAAAACUUCCAGUCAAAAAUCUGGACUGGAAGGUCAUUGGAAUUUCUGGGCAAAUUCCUUCUGGCCCAGCGAAGAAAGCAGAUCUAAACAACGAUUACAAAUUGAUUUUAGAAUUAGUCAUCGCCUGCCUCGAAUGUGGAAGUGGAGUUAAAGGAAGGAAGUAUGAAACCAGAUAUUGGCUGUACUAUCUGUCUUCCAAAGGAGAGAACAGAGCUAGUGCUAGUGCCACUGCAGAAGAAAGCUCUUCAGACAAUGUGCCACUCAUCUUGUUGGCAAAGACUGCCAAGAGAAAGCAAGUGGUGUCUCCCUCCAUCAGCAUUGAAGCACCACAAAAUCUUGCCUUAGCAUGUUUGGAAGAAGAAGAAGAAGUCUCUAACCAUGGAGAACUUCAAAGGAAGAAGAAGAGGAAAAUCAACUCUCCAUCAACAUCCGGAAAUGUCAAUCCGGAUGAGUUGAAGGAGAAGGAGCCUGCUGAGGAAGUCUCUGUUCAGAACCAGAGUCCUCAACAACUUGAAGAAGAAACUCCUCAAGACCAACAGCUGAAGAAUGAGAAGGUAAUUAAGAAGUGCCUUGGUAUUCCAGUCAACCACAACUGUGAAGAUAUUUUGAAUGAUUUCUGGGUAUGGCAAAGAGACUCGGAAGAUCUGCAUAUGGAGUACCUGGUCUCCACACCAGUUUCAGACUAUGAAGCAGAUGAUGAAGACACUGCAGUCUUCAAGCCAGUCUUCGCCAAAGCCACAGAAGAUCAAGUCGUUUUCACUGUUGAAGCACAGAAUGUUUUGGAAGCAGCAGCUGAAGGUUUCCAAACAUUUCCGAAAACCUCACCUGCUUCUGAAGUGGUUCUGACUGAGGCUAUUCAGGAGAAGGCAGCCUCUCCUCCACAAGAACAGAACAAGGAAGCUACUGAAGAAGGAGAAUUUCAGCAGCUAAUCCAAUCUCAAGUUUUAGAGAUCCUCACAACUCCUUCUGAAAGGGAAACUCAGAUGGCAGAAGUGGAGGUCUCUCAAACUCCAGCAGCCGUCUUUGAAGAACAGAAUGCACAUGAAGAAAGAGACUCCCUCUCUAGGGACAUAUCAAAUUUUGCCCUUGAAGAAGCUGAGGAAGAAUAUGAAAGAACAUUGAAGGUUACUGAUGAAGAAGAUGAACAAGAAGAUGCUCAAUCUCUUCCUAUGCAACUCUUCCAAAGAACCCCAUCUUCUCAUCAGGUAACCCAUUUCCAUUUUCAUAGCUCUACCACUACUACAUUUCCGGAUGAGAUACCGGAAAUCUGGACAAAGAAGGUCCAAGGGCUGAUUGAAUCAGCCCUAGCAUCUCAACAUGCCUCCUUUAGGCAAGAGAUAGAGCAAAUGGAAGCCAAAUACAGACAACUGCUAGAGAAAUCAGAAGAAAAACAUAGCACUGAUCUUAAAGAAAUAAGCAAAUCAGUAGACAAAACUCUAGAGAUCAUCUCUCUAUUGAGUAAAACUAUAAGCAAUACGAUGGAAAUAUAUACCUGUGACAGUCAAUUGCAAUUCAAAGAAUUCAACAAAGUCAAGGAACAAAAAGCCAGUGUCACAAUUAGUCUACAAAAGCAGAUGUCCCUUCUCCAAAUGGACAUCAGAUCAGCCCUAGCAGUAGCUUCAGCAAACCAGGUAGUAGUCAAAGACUACUUGAAGGUGAUCAUUGACAAUCAAAAGGAAGCAUACAAGCUGUUCAGACUCAUUGGUGCACAUACUGGGAACCGCAAGAUGGAAGUGAUUCUUCAACAACACAAUCCAUCUCCAAUACCCCAGCUACCCAUUGCAGUCAACGAAGGAGAAGCAUCCUAUAUCCCUUCUCAUCUGAACAUGACAAAUCUCAUCCUUGGAGCACAGCAAAGGAAUCCGGAAAGCUCAGCACAGCAUCUAUCCAGCUCAGGACUGGAUGGAACAGAAUUUAUAGGUGCAGUUGCUGACCACUUCUCAAAUGAUGCUCAAGCAGAAGAAAGGCGUGAGAAUUUAAGGCGCAUCAAAGAACUCUGUGGAAACAUGCAAGGCAUCAGUGAGGUUGCCGGAUCUUCCAAGCGCAAGAGAAACUGAAGGUUUAUUUCAUCAAACCAGGGGGAAAGUAUGUGAAAUCACCAAUUUUGUUUUGAUGAAAACACCUUCUUGUUUAAACAUUAAUUGAUUGGUUUAAACAUUGUUCUCAAUUAUGCUUAUUAUGCUUGAUUAUGUUUAUCUCAAGUAUGAUUUGUCUUAAUUAUUUCUCUGAAAGCGCAUACAUUCAGGGGGAAUGUAAUUCAGGGGGAACUUUGGCAAACAAUUGUUUUUGGCUAUGAAUUAUUGAUGAGCUCUAAGCAAUGGAAGUCGGAUAUCUCAGUUUUGGUACUAAAAUUGGAAUUCUCCG